AUGACAUUCGCCGCAGGUUCCUCCUCUUGGGUUUCGAAACCCCCACGCGAAGCUUACAAGCCCGACAUUGUCAUUGAUCGGGAGACUGGUAGAUCAAGGGGUUUCAUAUUCGUUACUUUCGGUGACGAAAAGGCGAUGAGGGACGCGAUCAAACCCAUGAACGGCCAGGAGCUCGACGGGCGGAACAUCACCGUGAAUGAGGCUCAGUCCCGCGGCGGUGAUGACGGCGGAGAAGGUGGGGGUUUCCGUGGUAGUCCUCGCCGUGAUGGUUGUGGGUAUGGAGGGAGGGAACGACGGAGGUUACGACGACCGUCGUGA